GCAGACUCAAUUCCGGAUCCUGGGGGUUCCACCUGAUGUUCGAGCGGGUCCAUCUCCUCCGCGCCCCGGGCCAAUUGCCGAGGUCCCCGUCCGGUCCGCUUCCCCUUUCCCUUCGUGAUCCCCUUCGGAGCGUCACAGUCUCCCUAGGCUCUCUCUGUCUCCGCCUGUCACUCACCCUCCUCCCCGGCUUUGGGCUCCCUGUAUCCUCCCUUCUUUGAGCCCUAGACCUGCAGCAAUAACCCUUCCUCCACUACCACCCCCUCUCAAUUUCUGCAUGCUUUUUCAGACUUUAGUGGCUUAUCCAUCACUCCUCCCUUUAAGCUUCCUGUACCCUAAAGUCUUCCUAUUUCUGUUUCCCCGACGCGUCUGAACCGGGUGCGAUCGUGCCUCGCUGAUCUCCAAACUCCAGAACUUCCUGACCCCUUGACUUCUAAUCCUCUAAUAAUACUUCCUUCCGUUCCUCAGAACUUGAGCCUUUCCUAACAUCCACCUCCCUCCUUCCUCCACACUCCACACCCCCACACUAAGCCCUCCACACUACCCAGCAUCUACCCUUUUGUCGACUUCUUGACUUCUGGUCCAGCUUCUGCAGCCUGCCCGGAGCCAUGGACUUCCUGCUGAGUGGCCUGGCCGCCUGUGGAGCCUGUGUGUUCACCAACCCGUUGGAAGUGGUGAAAACCCGAAUGCAAUUGCAGGGCGAGCUCCAGGCACCAGGCUCUUACCAGCGACACUACCGAAAUGUCUUCCAUGCCUUCUUCACCAUUGGGCAAGUGGAUGGGUUGGCUGCCCUGCAGAAGGGCCUCGUCCCUGCCUUAGUAUACCAGUUCUUAAUGAAUGGGAUAAGGCUGGGGACCUAUGGACUGGCAGAGGCUGGGGGUUAUCUACUUGAUUCCAAUGGGAACCACAGCCCCGGUCGUAGUGCUGCUGCUGGGGCCCUUGCUGGAGUUAUGGGUGCCUACAUAGGGAGCCCCAUCUACAUGGUGAAGACACAUCUGCAGGCGCAAUCAGCCUCUGAGAUUGCAGUCGGGCAUCAAUAUAAGCACCAGAGUAUGUAUCAAGCAUUAUGUGUGAUUGGAAGAAAGCAGGGUCUGGUGGGCUUAUGGAGAGGAGCACUGGGAGGACUCCCUCGAGUUAUGGUUGGCUCCUCCACACAGCUCUGCACCUUCUCAUCCAUCAAAGAUCUUGUGACCCAGUGGGAGGUGUUUCCACCACAGAGCUGGAAGCUGGCUCUGACUGCAGCUAUGGUGAGUAGCCUGGCUGUUGUUGCUGCCAUGACACCCUUCGAUGUAGUCAGCACCAGGCUCUACAACCAACCCACAGAUGCCCAUGGCAAGGGACUGAUGUACCGGGGACUACCAGAUGCAGUGAUGCAAACAAUUCGGACAGAGGGCAUUUGGGGCAUGUACAAAGGCAUGGGCGCUUCCUACUUCCGCCUUGGCCCCCAUACCAUCCUCUCACUCUUCUUCUGGGACCAGCUUCGAAUUCUUUACCAGAAACACAAUCAAUGACCCUUUCCACAACUCCAAAUUUUCCCACAACACACUCCCAUUUGGGAAGUUGCCCUUCUCCCCCCCUCCAUCUGAUAUUUCCCGGACCUUUUCAUGUUUUUAGGUCUUAAUGAUUGAUAAUCACUCUCCCCCUUGAUCUGAUAUUUCCCGGACCCUUUCAUACUUUUAGGUCAUAAUGAUUGAUAAUCUUUUAAGUCACUCCCCCCUUUUUUCUCAGGGUUCAAUCACUAUGUGGGGUACUCCCAUCCUGCCAUCAUUCAUGCCAUAAUGUGCAGCUUGCUUAAAACCUCUCACCCUUACUCUCAGGGUUGAAUCAAAGGGAUACUUUCU